UAUUAAUUAAAAAUGUCUAACCUUAAAGUUUCUGUAAAUUUAUCGAGUAGUGAAGAAUCAGUAAUCAAACAUGAGAUUUCAUCGUCUUCUGCAAGCAAAAAAUCUAAGAAAAUUAAAAAGAAAGAACGAAAAUCCAUUAAUUUUGGCUCUGGAAGACCAGGAAAUCCCUAAAUAUCUGAACUAUCGGAUUAGCAAAAAUAAUUUAUCGAGACCAAUAUGAUAGACGUAUGGUUUUGUACUAAAUUAUCCAUGAAAUGUUUAAUUUAUUUGUGCAAUAAAGGAAAUAUGAUUCUUAAAAUUAAAACAGGGAAACCAGCAGAGGAUGAUAAGAAAAGGUUUAUAGAAGUUUUUGAAAAGCCUAAUAUAAAACUGUAUAAAAAAUUUAAGAAAGAAUUCAAGAAAAAGCUAUAGGUAUGUAUAUAAUAAUCAAAUAAGGAAAAAAAUACGGCUGUUUUGAAGCAUUUAGGAUACUCAGAAAAAACUACAUAUUUAUUUUUAUCUAAUAACAAUGGAGAUCAAAUAGACUUAAAGCUAUAAAAUGUUUCAGCUGAAGCUAAAAAAGGUCUAUUGUCACUCAUUAAAUACUUAUCUCCACAAUUUCUUUAUACAUUUAAAGUUAUUGUUGAAUGUUUUGAUUUUUGUUUAGCUAAUAUUUAAGAAGAAGACUCAAAUAUAGUCGAAUUUAUUGUUGAUAAAUUAAAGGCUGACAAAAAAAAUCAUUAGAUGAUUUUCAAUAUGUAAUUGAUUUAGGAACUAUUAUACGAUGAUUUAGAGCUUUUGAAUCAAAUUGUAUUUCAAUUAAUUGUAUGAUAGGAAAAUGAUCCACAAAAAGCAUUUCUAUAUUUCAAAUCAAAUUAUAGUGUGAGUCUCCCUAAUUUUAGCUCUAAUUUUUACAAAGAUUAAGUGGAAUCUAUUGAAUAUUAUUCUAAAUGGAUUAAUACCUUCAUUAGUGAAUUCGUUGAUAUUUUAUAAUAAAAUCAAUGA